AUGUCCGCCGCGAAUAUUGUUGCCAUAGAAGUCGAUGCCAAUGAGACUGUGCAUCUCCAUAGAAAAUGGACCAUGUGGUUCGAUAAUCCUCGUUUGGCGGAUCCCGACAAGGAUUGGAAGGACAAUUUGACCAACUGUGGUUCGUUUGACACGAUAGAGUCCUUUUGGCGCAUUUUCAACAACUUGAAGGCAUCUUCUCAGCUACCUACCAACUCCAACUACCACGUCUUCAAGGAAGGCGUCAUUCCCAUGUGGGAAGACCCACAAAAUAAGGACGGCGGAAAGUUUGUCUUGACGAUACCCAAGAAGGAUUCCAAGAGUGGAAGGUGCGAUGAAUGGUGGCUCUUUACCGUCCUUGCCAUCAUCGGUGAAACUUUGGAUUUGGAUGGAGAUGAAGUGUGUGGGGCUGUUGUGUCGAUUCGCAAAAACCAAGACAGAAUUGCGCUCUGGUUGCGAAGUAACGACAAGAAUCGAUGCUCGCUCAUUGGAGCCCGAUGGAAGAAGUGUUUGGAAAUGAACCGAACAAUACUGAAAUUUCAGGAACAUGCAGCUGCUGCUGCCAGUGGACGUUCCUUUCGUAACGAGAGUACGUUUGAGGUAUAA